AUGGAUCAAAUUGUGGAAGAAAGUGGCGAGGACUCGCAAGCUCCGGAGUCCACUUUUGAGGAUGACCUCAUUCCGAAGGAUAUGUCGGAUGAGUUCUUCGAAGAGAUCUGUGCCAAGGCGAAUCUGACCGUAAAAGAUUUGCAAGGCAAUCAGCAGUAUACGUUGGCCGAGGAUUUUCAGAAAAUGUUGAUGACGUGUCAACAACUGCGGCAGCAGUUGGUCGACGAGCAGGAGAAGAUCGAAAAAAUGCAGGGCGAAGUUGCCGCCGCUGGCGGAAGGGUUGCACAGGCGAUAUCGAUUUCCCAGCGUGAUCAAGACAAGAUUGACGCGCUGCGAUCGGAAAUCGAGGAAGCCUGGAAACGCGCGGACGCUGCCCAGACAAGAGAGCAAACCGCCCAGGAAGCGAUGAACCAGAUGCGUGAGAAACUGGAGAAACUAGUUGCUGAGUCGGAUCGGCACGGUGAUAAGGAAGAUGAGGUGGGUGCAGCGAUGGGGAAACAUAAAGAGAGCAUUCUAAGGGAACGUGAUCGUCUGUUUGCGGAAGCCGAAGAGUUGAACAGAAGACUGCAUCUGCAACGCAUCUACACGGAGGAGUUAGAGGUGAAAUUGGGCGACUCGGAAACAAAGGUUAAAGAGUUGUAUAAGGUUUUGGAUGAAACAUCGAACGAGGCGUUCCGGGAUAAGCGCAUGCUGGAGAAUCUGCAUGCCCAGCAUGCCGAGGUGACGGCUGAGCUGGCGACAAAAAUCGACGAAGCUCAGCGUUUUAAGGCACAGGCCGAAGCUAGUCACAAGACCACGGUGCAGCAGGGCAUGCAAAUGGCUGCGAUACGUACCACGCUCGAGCGUUUGACGACGAGCAACAAUUUGCUGCAGGUCAAGCUGGCGAAGGCGCAAGGUGACUUCGAAAAUAUGGUUCAAUUGAAGGAGAAAGUCACCAACGAGCUGAACACCAAGGUUAACAUCCUAAAGCUGAAGGAGGAUGAAAACAACAAGUUUCGGCUGGAGAAUGCUAAGUUGACCAAGAGUAAGGAACUGCUGCAGAAGAAGAUACUGACCAUCGAGACGGCUAAGAGUACGCUGGAUCAGGAGGUGACGAAACACAAGAAUACCAUCGUCACUUUUGAAAAGGAACGCGAUGCCACCAAGAAAGCCUUCGAUAUGGUCAAAAAGCAAACGGAUGCAGUUCUUCGAGAGCGGGACCUAACUCGAAAGGAUUUAACUAAAGCUAACAAGACCAUUGCGGAUCUGAUGGAUCAAAUAAUGCUGCUGGAGAAGCAACAGAAAACGUUGGAGAAUGAAAUCAAGGGGCACCAGGUGGCGGCCCAAAAGCAAAGUAUGAUUCUGCUGAAGGUCGAGAAGGAUCGGGACCGCAAUGCGGAAGAGGUGCAAAAUCUGAGCGACAAGGUGGAACAGAUGAACGAAGAUUUGCUGUACAAGCAGAACCAGAUUCUGGACCUGCGCGAGAAGCUAAAGGAAACCGAAACCAAGCUGUUCCAGUGUCAGAACUCGCUGGAACUGACCCGAGGGGAACGGAAUAUAUUCGAGCGCGAUCUGGGCAUCUGCAUGAAGGAGAACGAUGGGUUGAAGGAUCGAUUGAAAACGUCGGUACACUCGGUGAAUCAGUUAAAGGACGAAAACACUACCAAGCUUGCGGAACUGUUUAAAGCGAACAAGACGAUCGAUAAAAUCGAGAAGGAAAAGCAAUCGCUGAAGACGGAGGUUCAGAACAUUUCAAUAUCGCUACAACAUACUAAAUCGGAGCUGAGCGAGAAGAUGAUGGAGAACUCUCGGUUGAACAAAACGCUAACGGAGGACACAGCCAGCAUGGUUCGGCUUAAGAAGCAGUUGGAUGGAGCAAUCAACGAGAAGGACUUGGUGAAGAUGCAGUUAACUCAACGGGUCGAGGAAAUAAACAAUCUUAUGGAGAAACUGAACAUGCUGAACAUGGCAUUGGAUCGCGGUGAGAACCAGUACCGAGAUCGUCUGGACGACAUCCGGCUGCUUAAAAUUGAAAUCAGCAAUUUACGAUCGCAGCGAAAUUUGCUUGCCAGAGGUUUGGCGAAUACAGCGGAUAUGCGCCAGGAAGUGCUCCAACUGAACCGGGUACUCAAUCAGGAGCGGGUGAAGGCUCGAGCUUUGGAGGACGAAAUGUUGACCCCGAUGAACGUGCAUCGUUGGAGGAAGCUAAGCGGAAAGGAUCCGGAAAAAAUGGAUUUGAUUGUAAAAGUGCAAACACUGCAGCGGAGGGUCCUGUAUCAGGCAGUAACCGUUUCCGAACAGGAGAAGACAAUCGAUGAGUCGGGGAAAGUGUACGGAGAACUGAAGGAAGUGGUCGAGAAGCUGCCAAAUCAGAAGAUGAAAGAGCAGUUGUGUGCCACGCAGAGGGCCCUCACGGCUAGAACGAAGAAAUUGAAGGCACUGUCAGCGGAGAUUCGGAUCAAAGAAAGUGAUAGCAGAAGCCAGGAGUGUAUGAUUGAAGAGCUAAAGAAGUCACUGCUGGAAACGAAAAAGGAUUUGGUAAAAGAGAAACGAGAAAAGCAAAAACUCGCACAAUCGGUGCGUGGGGCGGUGAUUCCCGGAUACGGCAGUGGUGGACGAUCACAGUCACACUCGGGUGAGGUCAUCGUUAUCCAUCAGCGGAAUACUCGCAGUGGCGGGUACCGUGUCAUGGGAUCCGGCUUUAAAGCCAUCUGCUAG